GGACCGGGACCCUAUAUUUUGCUUUGAGGAGUAAAUAAUGUCUGCACAAAGUGCUAGUCAUUCCUAUACAAGUGUAGACCAAAAACUUGCUCGCUUAUCUCCAAUACCCUUUGAAUGUAACCUCUUUAGAGUGCAAGAUCAUACGCGCAGGAUAAAUGUGAAAGCCUACGAACCUGAAGUAAUCGCUAUUGGUCCAUAUCAUCAUGGGAAACCCAACCUGCAGGCGAUGGAAGAACACAAAUUGCGGUAUUUGCUAGAGCUCCUUAUACAAGCGCAAGAGUCAAGUGUCGAAAGAUACUACAUGGCCAUGAGAGCCCUAAAAGAUAGAGCGCUUAAAUGUUAUGCAGAACCAAUCAGCCUUACUGAUGAUGAGUUUGUAGAAAUGAUGCUUCUUGAUGGGUGCUUUCUCCUUGGGUAUAUCCUAAAGUGCAAUAUCCCUAGUUUGGUACGCACGGGUGACCCUAUCACCUUUAGUCAAGUUCGAUUUGGCAUGGUGCAUGAUUUAUUAUUAUACGAAAAUCAACUUCCAUUCUUUAUCAUAGUUCAAUUGUUCAGCCUGAUCAAUGUUUCAUACCCACAAUUCUCCAUCAUGAGUCUAACUCAGUCUUUCCUAGCCCAAACCUUCGGAUAUUUGAAAAUAGAGCCAGGCGUUCGUGCUUGGAUGUCAAUUGGAGAUGUCAACCAUCUACUUGGCCUGGCAUAUUGUGGUCUGUGUUUACCGUUUGUUCAAAUGGUGCCCCAUAAUGUAGGUGAUGAUGGCCAGGGGGUGCAGUUCAUAAAUUGUACGACGGAGCUCCAAGAAGCCGGAAUUCUGCUAAAGGAGGCCAAGGAAAGUAUUAGUUUUUUGGAUGUUAGGUUCACCAAUGGAGUGCUAGAAAUCCCAUCUUUCGUGAUUGAAGAUUUGACAGAAAAUUUUUUCAGAAAUCUAAUGACAUACGAGCAAUAUUGUCCAGCAACUUCCCCUUAUGUUACUGAUUAUAUAAUCUUCAUGAAUCGUCUCAUCAAUUCCUCAAAGGAUGUUGAGUUACUUCGUCGCUGUGGAAUUAUCAUUGACUGGUUUGGAAAUGAUGUAGCAGUUCAUGCCAUGCUAACCAAUCUUGCAAAGAAUGCCAUGAGAAUGGGCAAGUUUAGUUACUCCGAAGUUUGCAAGAAUCUGCACUUGCACUGUAGACGACGUCGAAAUGUAUGGAUGGCAAAUCUGAGGAGGAAUUAUCUCAACAAUCCAUGGGCUAUUAUAUCAUUUUUUGCUGCCGUUUUGUUGCUUAUUCUCACUUUCACACAGACUGUAUUUUCCAUUCUUCCUCAAGUUUAGUCAAAUCUCAAAUCUUUUGUGUUGUGUGCUUAGUAAAAACAAAAUAAUGUGUAUGAAUAAGUUGUACUGAUUCAUCAGUCAAAUGGAUUUUGGGAACAAUUCCACUUUUUGUGAGGUUGAGGGGAUAAUUUUCUUAUCUUCCAGUACUUAUUUUUUAUUAUUCUAC